AUUUGCUCCCAUCAACUUGUGGCAGCAUUGAGAUUGACCGGACGUGAGGCAGACCGUGCAGGACAAUCCAGUGAAUACAGCGACAUAGCAAAACGUCCAUAAGAUAGAGUUGACUGAAAAGCAUAAACAGGAGAAAAGUACUAGAAUGUCACAGUCCCCAAGUACAGAUGUGGCAAAGAAGAAGCCUUCAGCCAACAAAAACAUUCGGAAGCUACGGACCGUCAGCGCAGUGUGCAGCCUGGCAAAGAGCUGGCAGCAAUGGGUGUCUGAGAAGGAGGAGAAGCAGGCCAGGGAACCCUCAGGCUGGUCCCCCACCUCCGUGAAGGAGGUUGCAGAGGCACAAAACAGAAGACCUACUCCUUCAAAGAAGCCAACUCGCCCUCUAUCAGCUCCUUCUGAGGAUGCUCUCUAUGUCUCUCCAGGCCGGCAACAUUUAGGUGGCAUCCAGCCUUUAGGAGAGAUCAAUGGGAACAUCUCAGGUCGGAUCAAGAGUAAACAGGUAGUGAAGACGGUGACCAGUAGCGCACAGGAGAAAAGCGUGGGCAUCGGGAUUCUCAGCGAACGCUACACCAAAGAGCCAGUGCAGGAUGUGGACAAGAUACUGUUUGGUCGACAUUCGCCGACACGCAGGAGGAAAUGCUCCAACCUUGUCUCGGAGCUCACCAAAGGCUGGAAGGAGAAGGAGAAGGAGAAGCAGCAGAAAGCACCCAAGACUCUGGGUGGUGACAGGACUUGUAGUGUGGACACAGAGGACAGCGGCUUCUCAGAAAUGGAUGAGCGAGGCCUGGAGGGUGAGGUUAGCUUUAGUGGGAGUAUUGACACUGUCAACAGUAAAGACCUCGCUGUGAACACAGACCAACAAAAUGUUGUUAAAAAGGAUAAAAUGGAGAUGACUGAAUCCAUUGUUCGGAUUAAAAGACCUUCCACCACAGUGGGCCACAAGGAUGUGGACGAGAUGAAGAAGAUCAGCUCCAUGUCCAAGAAGUACAGCCCCGUGUCCAACCUCAAGAGCAAGUGGCAGAACUGGGCCUCGGAACAUGCCAUCAACCAGAAGCUGAACCCCUUCAGUGACGAAUUUGACUAUGACCUUUCCAUGUCCACACGUCUCCGCAAGGGACAGGAGGGAUACGGCCGGCCCAAGGAGGGCAGCAAGACGGCAGAGCGAGCCAAGCGAGCCGAGGCCCACAUCCACCGCGAGAUUGAUGAUCUGUGCUUCAUCAUCCGCACCAUGGUCGACCCGGACCCUGACGGCUGGACGCGUGUCACGUUCGGGGAGCUGUUUGACCGCUACGUUCGCAUCUCGGACAAGGUGGUGGGAAUCCUGAUGAGAGCCCGGAAGCACGGCAAGGUGGCCUUCGAGGGAGAGAUGCUGUGGCAGGGCCGCGACGACCACAUCAUCAUUACUCUACUGGUCUGACAGCAACAACCCAAGCAAGAAUGUUUCCCUGCCUCCUAUGAAGUCACACUGUAGGAGUGAAUAUUUUUAUAAAGCCUGGGUUAAUGUUCACUUUUCCUAAGUAAUGCAAUAUGUACUGAUUAGAUAAAGAGAUGUGCUGUAUUAGAAAAAUAGAUUACCUACAAAGUGCAUUUAUACAAAAAUAUAAGAGCAUAAUUUCCCUUGUUUUUGUUCUGUACUAAACUGGGAACACUGGAAAAAUACAGUGACGUGUAACUGUGUCUCAGGGCAGCAGGUGGUUAAAAAAAAAAAAAAAAGUGGAUUAAGUAACUGGACUUGUGACCAAGUUUGCAGGUUCACGUUUGAGCGAGGAAAUGGCUUAAUGCUUGUAUAUUGCUUUAGCAAAGUCAUUACCUGUAUUAAAAUAAAUCUUAGAGUAAAAAGUGCCAGUGCUGUACAAAAAUAACUAGACAAAGGCAUCUGCAUAAAGCAAAUUAAUGAAUAGCUUCAUAUUCUAAUUAAGAUGACUUACAGUGAACAAAGAAUGGGAUUUUGCAUGUUCUGCUGGUUAGGAAGGUCUGCUCUGUUUAUGGACAUCUACAGAUUAUACACCAUAUCAGGAAUAUUGUGCAAUAACUGCGGACACCUGAAUGCUGCUGUAGAGCAAGGCCGUUUUAGAUGUUUAAACGAUAGAUAUUUAAAAGGAACGUGGACUGAAUACCUGUAUCCUUUUCUCUAAUGCCAAAGGAGGAAGGUUGUCUCCUGCAUGUGACGGUGAGAAGAUCACGGGUACCCAUGUGCCUACGAAUGGCGGUGCACCGUAGCGCGAUAAUAAUACGAGGACUAUUAUUGUUGCUAUACCUGAUGUUGGAUUAGGAAACUGCUUCUUAUUCACACUCUUUCCCUUCCUUCCUUGAAAAAGGAGCACUUCUGAACUGGAGUUCUGUGUAUGACUACAGUGUAAGUGCAACAGAGGCUGGUUUUUGAAACCCAGAGUAUCAUGGAAACUUCUGGCAUUUUCAACAUCUAAUUACAGUGAACUUUUUAACGUUGGCUACCAGUAGAGGGCACUGUCUACCUGUCAGACAAACCCAACCCCCCCCCUCCCCCUACUUCUUUAUUCACUCUCAGCUCCACUGGCACCUCUGGGUCUCCCACCCGGUGCUAAGCUCUCCUCCAAGGAAACAGAGCUCAUGCCUACAACUGCUCCUGGGUGUGAAAACCAUACACGCCAUCUACAGUCUUUGACCCAUUCCCAACUGCAUGAGAAAGUAAUACUUGCUGGUAUUACCUGCAUUCAGAAUCAUUGCUUGAGUUGCCCUAACCCUUCUCCUAAGUCUUGGGCAAUUUAUGAUAUUUUGAUUGAAAUUUUACCCAGUCAGCUGUUUCACCCUUACUGGGGCUCAUCAGUACUGCGCACACCUGAACUCGAACCGCAGACUAACAGAUUGGCUUGGAUUAAUGUUCCAGUGCUCUUACCGUUAUUCUACCACAGCAUGGCAACUGGGCAUGUAGGAAGGUGUUUUUAGGGGAGUGAUAGAUGCCUGCUCCAUUGCAAGCCAACCACAAAUGGUCGAUUGAUAUCAGUCUCAUAACAAAAAAAAGGGAGCGAACAUGAGUUUACGAAUUUAUGAUGUUCUUCAGUCUUCGUUAUAGUCCCAUUAAUUUUAUUAAUGACGGGGGGCAUGGUGGUAUGGUAGGUUCA